AUGAGUGAAAAGUUCUUCGGAACGUUUCAUUUGGAAAGAAGCGAGAAUUUCGAUCAGUUCUUGGCUUCUAAAGGAGUCAACUGGUUUAUUCGCAAAAUGAUCCAACUCGCAUCAGUGACAAAAGUUUUCGCGAAGUCGAAAGAAGUUGAAAAUGCAUAUGAUAUGUCGAAUUUAACAUCCAAAAAAGAUACGAUAUACAAAAAUUGGAAAUUGAAUGAAACAUUUGAGGACGAAGGACUCGAUGGUGGGAGGCAUCAGAUCACUUUCAACUAUGAUAAGGAUUGCGACUGCUUGAUGGAAAAACACAUUCGUUUAGAGAAUCCGGAUGAUAAGGGCGAAACUUAUUAUUACACAAUCGAGAAUGACAUGCUUGUUCUGGUAAUCAAUUUAUUGCAUUUUUCUAUUAAAAAGUAA